GCAAAUGAUUAAUCACGAGAGUAUGUACAAUGGAUGGAACCUUCUCCAGCUUCCCGAAGGCUAUUCAAUCAUAGAUUGUGUUGUGUUGUGAGUCGACUUUAUUGCCUCAAUACAUUGAAGCUUCCCAGUCAUACAAUGGCCGACCACCGAUUUACCCCUCGUCUAAAUAAAUUCCGUCCCUCAUCCCACUUGAGUCAGAACAACAAACCCUCACAACACAACCAGUCUUCAAUAUGGCCGACACAGAACCCACGAUUCAAGCAGAAUUGGCUGCAGAUGCGCCGACGACGAAGCAGACCGUGGAUCCAUGGAAUGUGGCCGGAGAAAUUGGUGCGGACGGAGUUGCGAAAGCCAUCAAUUACCUUACCUUGAUCGACGAAUUUGGCACCAAGAAGAUUCUGGACGAGGAUCUGGCAAGAUUCGAGAAGGUGACAGGAAAGAAACCACAUCGAUUUAUGCGGAGAGGGAUUGUCUUCAGCCAUAGGGAUCUAAACCUUAUUUUGGAUCGUCAUGAGAGGGGAGAACCAUUCUUCUUGUAUACUGGGCGCGGACCAAGCAGUGAUAGCAUGCACAUUGGGCAUACUAUUCCUUUCGAGUUUACGAAGUGAGUCUUAAGACUGAAGCGUGUGCGAAUAAUCUGUCCUCUUUGAAAGGUAAUUCUUCAACAGUUACAAUUUGCUAAUGACUCACAGGUGGUUGCAAGAUGUGUUCGAUGUGCCGCUCAUUAUCAUGAUGACCGACGAUGAGAAGUAUAUCUUUUCCGAGAAGCGCACGAUUGAGGAAGUCCAAAGAUAUACUCUGGGGAAUGCGAAGGAUAUCAUUGCCGUUGGAUUCGAUCCUAAAAAAACGUUUAUGUUCAGCGACUACGAUUAUAUGGGCGGAGCAUUCUACAGAAAUGUGACAAGAAUGUCUAAGCAUAUUACUCUCAAUGUUGCAAGGGCUGUCUUUGGAUUUGACGGCAGUUCCAACAUUGGCAAGGUUCACUUUGGAGCAGUUCAAGGCGCAACUUCUUUCGCAUCCUCCUUCCCUCACAUAUUUGGCACCGAUGAAGCUGUCACCAACCAGAUACCCGCCAUGAUUCCCUGUGCGAUUGAUCAAGACCCCUAUUUCCGCGUAACCCGCGACGUAGCAGCUCGUUUGCACUUCGCUAAACCAGCUCUCAUCCACGCGCGCUUCCUCGACGCCCUCCAAGGUCCUGGUUCCAAAAUGAGCGCUUCGAUCGAUACGUCUGCAAUCUUCAUGGCUGAUGACCCGAAGAAAAUCAAGACAAAGAUUAACAAAUAUGCUUUCAGUGGUGGACGUGAGACUGAAGCAGAGCAGAGAGAAAAGGGUGGAGAUGCCGAUAAGGAUGUCUCGUUCCAGUACUUGACAUUUUUCUUGGAGGACGACGACCAGCUAGAGCAGAUCCGAAAAGACUACACAAGUGGAAAGCUCUUGACUGGAGAGCUGAAGGCGAAGUGUAUCGAAGAGCUGCAAACUUACACGAAGGGUUUCCAGGAGCGGAGAGCGGCAGUCACUGAUGAGAUUGUGGCGGACUUCAUGAGCCUGAAGAAGCUGGAGUGGAAGGGAAACCCAAAUCCAUCUGUGGUCGUCCAGAAAGAGAACGAGGCACCUGCUAGUGCGGAUGCAGCAAGUGGCCCCGGCGAGUUGACACAAAAUCAGUUGAAGAAGAUAGCGAAGCAGAAGUUGAUAGAUGAGAAGAAGGCGGCAAAGGCCGCAGAGAAAGCUGCAAAAGCUGUGGGAGGGUCAUGAUGAUGAGUCUUAGACGUUGUUGUGUAGAGAUGCGAAUACCCAAGCUAGAUAGCUAAUGAGAAGCUUUGGCUCCGAGGUCUUGACCUUGUGAAUGUGCUGGCUAGCACUCCUCAUCGUCGACUCGAUGAAUCACGGUGUACAGAAUGACUUGAAUCACAACUGA